GAGCCUGAGACAGAGAGAGAGAAAAAGAGAGAGAAAGUGAGAGAAAGAAAGAAAGAGAGUGCCCUGCAACGUCAAUCUGAGUCUUGUCUUUUCCCCGCGCUCAACGAGAAGAGCAGCAUAGUGGAGUCACCGCGAGGAGGAUGCUGUAGAUGAGCCCCAGCCCAACGGAAAGAGGAAGUUUGCCCGCUCACACACACGCAGCCAAUCGUGCGCACACACGCGCAUACGGGUGGGAAGAGAGAUCAAACGUUUUCUGGAGAGGAGCGCCAGGGGUGCCAGGGUGGACCUGCCGGAUUCUCGCCCUAGGGUCAUCGGGGAUGCAGGAAGUGGCGGGGCCCCUGAGCCGUGCGUGAUCUAAGGGGGGAGGGGGGAGGGGUAGUGGCGCGGAAUGGCACACGAGCAGGAGGAGGACCCCCACCUGGGGGCGGGGCCUGACGAGGACGAAUCAGAGCUGUUUCUGGCAGGAGAAUCGGAGUCGGGGAGCUUACUCUCCGACGACUCGGUCCUCCCCGUCUACGAGCGCGAGCGGAGGUCGGGGAACGCCAACACGCUGCUGGAGGCCUGCGCCCAGAAUGACAUCCAGACCCUGAGGCGACUGCUGGAGAGGGGCGUGACCCAGGAGGAGGUCAUGGAGCAGGACGUCAAUGGCAGGAACGGGCUGAUGCUGGCGGCCGACAAGGGCUUCGUGGACAUCGUCGCCGGGCUCCACCCCUGCCCCUUCAUUGACAUCAAUCACCAGGACAACGACGGCAACACCGCCCUCAUGAUCGCAGCGCAAGCAGGCUACGUCACCAUUCUGAACUACCUGCUGAACUACUACGGCGGGGUGGACACGGAGGUGCGGGACUCCCGCGGCUUCACCGCGCUCAUCAAGGCCGCCAUGCAGGGCCGCAACGACUGCGUCUCCUCGCUGGUCAUGGCCGGAGCGGACCUGAACGCCGUGGACACGGCGCGGGGGAAGUCGGCCAAGGACUGGGCCCUGAAGACGGGCCGCUACGACACGCUGUACCGGCUGCGGCGGCUCCAGCUGCGGCCGCGCGCCGAGCAGUUCUGCCACAGCUACGUGGCCGAGUGGCCCGAGCUGCGGGGGCUGGUCGCCAAGGCCACGGCCCCCAAGACCCGCGGCCAGCGUCUGACGGAGCGCCUGCGCUCCGCCCUCACCAUCACCCUCCCGCACGACCCCCGGGACCACGGCGUGCUGGAUCACAUGGUCCGCAUGACCACCAGCGUACACUGCCCCCUGGUGGCCACGGGCUGCCGCCCGCUCUGCCCCACCAGCCCCCCCGAGGUGGGCAAGCGGCGCCUGGCGGUGCCCGAGCUGGCGCGGCAGAACCCGGGCACGGACCUGGAGGGGCGCUCGGUGCGGCACAGCAACGGGUCGGUGAGCUCGGCGGCGCCCUCGGUCAGCUCCGCCUCCUCGGUGUCGCUGGCGUCCUGCUGCACGGACGCGGAGCGGCGCAGCAGCGUGCUGUCGGCGGCCUCCAGCACCGUGCGCAGCUUCAUGCCCCGCGGCAUGGCCCACCGCAGCAGCGUCUUCCCCGCCGGCUGCAUCCCGCAGAUCAGCGUCACCCGCUCCGGCGAGCCCACGCCCAAGAAGGAGAAGAAGAGGAAGAUGUCCAAGGCCCACCUGGAGCCGCCGCUGUGGAAGUACAAGGAGGCCAAGGAGGAGAAGAAGAAGGAGAAGAAGAAAGCCGAGGAGAUGGCCGCCAAAGAAAAGUCGGACAAAAAGAAGAAGAAGAAGAAGAAGAAGUAGGAAGAAAUCCAACCCACCAAAAAAACGCCUCUGCCAGGUCACUGUGGACGUCUUCCCCUUCGCUGCUGGACUGUCAUGAGGAUGAAUUUACAUAAGAACUUAUUUUUCAAAAUUUAUGUUGACAUCAGCAGGCAAAAUAGGAGACAUGGGGAAAUCCUAAUGAGAGCAAUUCAGACGUCAAUCUCCAACAAUCACUAAACUGCACGUAUUUUUAUUGAAUCGUUGGAACAACAUGCUGCUUUUGCAGUAAAUGCAUUUGAUGAAUGCAAUGUUUUAUUUUGGAAUUUCCUACAGACUUUCUUUUUGUUUCAUUUUUGUGAUAGAUCGCAAUUACAACUAUGAUUACGGAUAAUGAUGGUACUUUAGGACAAAUAUCUAAAUAGAAAAAAAUAUUUUUGGUAACGUUACGGGAAUAGCCGUACAUAGCCAGCUCUGAGCCACAGUCACGUUCCGUUCAAGCACAGCACGUCCCCACUCUACACGGCUGUUCUCAGAGGAACAAUGCAGUCAAACCAGCACAACAAAAAUAAUAAACUCCUUUCCAAUCUCAGCUUUUUUAAGUCUUUUACCAGAAUAGACUUAAUCCAUUGUCAGAUCUCAGGAAUUUUAGCUACAAGCGUUCCUGCUCAAGAUUAUCUCGGUUUAGCAAGAAAGCAUACAAAAAAGGGAGAUUCGGGGGGGGGGGCAGGGUUGUCUGAGAUAACGUGAAGAAAGAACGGCAUCACCAUAUCUAAUCAGCCAGAACAUUAAUGGGGUUUUCACACUCGAACAACAAAAGCCAUUUUUAAAGGGAAAUACCCAGAGACCCUUAGUAACAUGAGGAGGUUGGGAACUGAGUCACACAAGUAAACAAGACUUCUUCCCUUUGGUGUGUUGUACCAAAACAUCCAGCCCUGCGGUCAUCAUUGACAUACAAUGGUGUGAACUCAUCACUAAUGAAAUCAAAAUACACAACCCACUCACAGGUGCUUUGACAAAAUGGAGGUGCUCAUUAUGAAGACAUAUUUUUUUAACAGUAUGUCUCAAGCUGGGAAGAGGAAAAUUAUGUUUGUUUGUUUGUGUUAUGAAUAUCUCAGGGAAAGGGGAAAUUACAAUGAAAAAGAAAUUACAUUUCCUAAUUUGUCUAGUAAGUUAUUGUGCAUUUUCUCCUCCCCAAAAUAAGUAAAAAUGAUGGGUGUGCUGCUAAACAAUGAAUUUCAGGGACUGACUAAAAACAAGCUAACUGCCAAACUCAGGAAUGAAAGGAAAAAAUAUGAGCCACAUUUCCUCUUAUGAUUUAGAGUGAAGGUUUCAUCACUGUCAUACCCGGAAUCCAAUGAAGGAGUAUAUGGAGUCCUGGGGUUGCAAGAAUUUGUGCCGCUAAUACAUUUUUACCAACUGCCCAACUCACUUGCUUUGGUAUUAUUCAACUGGCACCUAGGGCUGUCUCUGAACAAAUAAUUCACUUUCCAGUUGUAGUUUACGGUAGCACAGGGGGUUACCGUGCUUGUUCAAAGACCCCACUAAAACGAUCCGUCUGAAGGCCCCAACAAAAAUUGUUUAUUUACUCAACAUCCAAUGUAAACUGCAGUGCAGUCGCUAUUUAACAAGCAAAUACAUUAAGUAUGGAACCAUGUAAUAAUUAUUAUAUAAAGGUAAAAUAUUUUUUUCUGUUUUAAUGUGGACACUUGGGAUUCUUUCAUCGACCCCUGGAGGUCCCUAAACCAGAAUUAGGGAAACUGUACUAUAGUAUAUAUACAGUAUAGACCUGGAGCUUGAAAUUAGAAGUUUUUUUUUCUAGAAGUUAAAAUGUACAUUUGAUAAGGAGCCUUUCUGAUAAAAUGUACAGCUGGAGAUACCAAUUGCUAGUCAAAGGCGAGUCAGGUAUCAUUAACCAAAUCAUGGGCGGAGUUACAAUAUUAUAACUUAUUUGAGCCAAUUAAGACAAUUUUCUCUUUGCAAAAAAAACAAAAUGACUGGUUCACAACAAACACAACAAUGCUGUGCUCUGCCCAUUUUUGUCUUCACAAAGCCUCACUCUCCUAUUACUGCCAAUCACUCACAAAGUUAGUUAAGGGUCAACAGGGUCAAAUGUCCACUCUGUACGCCCAGCCAACAGUUCCCCCAGGGUUUCCCCAUAGAACUGACCUAGGUGCCUUUCAAGGUUGUGUAAAUGUAGCGCUGUGGAAAUUAUUCAAAAGAUUGAUACGGAUAUUAUUGUUCUACAUACCAAUUAAUGGUUGUAUGUGUAUUGCAAAAUACAGAAGAAGCUGAAUAUCCAGUUCUGCAUAUGGUAUGGAGUUUGCUGAUAAGCCUUUGCUGGAGGUUUACUGCUUUGUAUUGUAAUAAAUAUGCAAAAGUUAUUUUUCUAAAAAUCUUUCUGGCUCUGUACUAGCGGUUAUAGACAUUAGUUUUUUUAGACAUUGAGGGAUUUACCAAUAAACACAAAAUGUAUAAAAGUAAA